AUGACUGGCCAUCUUGCUUCGUAUGGCCGCGGCGGCGCCGGCAACAUGGCUGACAGCACCAAGUCCCCCAAGCUGCAGCCCAAGGACCUCGAGACCCCCGUUUUGCGGACGUCCGUCGUGACCACCGGUCGUGGCGGAACCGGCAACAUGGCCAAGAACACCGACCCGAAAGAGACGCGCGCCCGCCAGGACGUGGAACCCAGUGGCGCAACCCACGCUGGCCGUGGCGGUGCCGGCAACGUCUUCAAGGCCGGCUCGGCGGACGCGGAGGCCGCUGCCGGGGCCUCCGCUGGCUCGGCCGUCCCCGACGAUGCCCACCCGACAUCGUCCGCCUCGUCUGCCACCUUGCGCAGCAGCAACGACACCAACGGCAAGAAGCCCCGGUCACCCACCCAGCGGCCCGAGCAACCCGAGAAGAGCCUGGCCACCAAGGGCAAGGAGUGGCUGCUGGGCAAGAAGUAG